AAAUGAGAGUCUCACAUUAGAGUCCAUGCUUUCACCUCAUACAUACAUGUAUGGUUUGCUGAUGGACAGAUAUCAAGUAUUCUGUACUUAGUUCAAUGCCUCUGCGACACAGAGUGUGAAGUGUCAUCUUCAAUCUCGCCUAUAUCCUGGUGGCGGACAGUGACAUCAACACCCUCGUUGUUGUCAGCUUGCCUGCAUCCGUACUUGUGGAAUGAUGACUGAGCUCAGGAUGGCUAAGAAUGCCUUAUUGGAUGGAUUGCUCAACAGUCCUCCCAGUAAGCCUUUUCUCAACAGACGAUGCCUCAGUGAUACCUCGGACCUGUUUGCCAUGAUCGAGAGGAUGCAGGGUUGCAGAAUGGAUGAGCAAAGAUGCCCCCUCCCUCCUCCCCUCAAAACAGAAGAGGACUACAUCCCUUAUCCCAGCGUUCACGAGGUACUGGGUCGCAGUAGUCCGUUUCCACUGAUCCUGUUGCCCCAGUUUGGAGGCUACUGGAUCGAAGGGACCAAUCAUGAGCCAAAAGACCCCCCAGAGGCUGAUCAACCGUCCUGUCCUACCUCCCACAUCAAACUGGAAACAAACAGCCUCGCCAAGAUCUACAGGAAGCAUUUCAUGGGCAAGGAACACUUUAAUUAUUACACCAUGGACGCUGCCCUCGGCCACUUGGUCUUUUCCAUGAAGUAUGAUGUCAUUGGGGAUCAGGAGCAUCUGCGCUUGAUGCUUCGCACAAAGCUAAAAACACACCAUGAUGUGAUCCCCAUUUCCUGCCUUACUGAGUUUCCCAACGUGGUACAGAUGGCCAAGCUUGUUUGCGAAGAAGUUAACGUGGAUCGGUUUUAUCCCGUCCUCUAUCCAAAGGCAUCAAGGCUCAUCGUUACCUUUGAUGAGCAUGUGAUCAGCAACAACUUCAAGUUUGGAGUUAUUUAUCAGAAGUUUGCCCAAACAACAGAGGAAGAGCUGUUCGGGAACAUGGAGGAAAGCCCUGCCUUUGUUGAGUUCCUGGAGUUUCUGGGCCAUAAGAUUGAGCUUCAUGACUUUAAAGGGUUUCGGGGUGGGCUGGAUGUUACUCACGGCCAAACGGGGACAGAAUCCAUCUACACAAAUUUCCACAGUAAAGAGAUCAUGUUCCAUGUGUCCACCAAGCUGCCUUACACCGAGGGAGACUCACAGCAGCUGCAAAGGAAGCGGCACAUAGGCAACGACAUCGUAGCCAUCGUAUUCCAGGAGGAGAACACGCCCUUCGUACCCGACAUGAUCCAGUCCAACUUCCUGCACGCCUAUGUGGUGGUGCAGGUGGAGAACGCAUGUACGGACAAUGUCACUUACAAGGUAUCUGUAACGGCUCGGGAUGAUGUACCUUUCUUUGGUCCUGCUUUGCCUGACCCCGCCAUCUUCAAAAAGGGCCCAGAAUUCCAUGAGUUUCUGUUCACCAAGCUCAUUAACGCAGAGUACGCCUGCUACAAGGCUGAGAAGUUCGCCAAGUUAGAGGAGCGCACUCGUUCAGCUCUCUUGGAGACUCUGUACGAGGAGCUGCACAUCAACAGCCAGUCCAUGAUGGGUCUGGGUGGAGAUGAAGAUAAACUGGAGAACGGAGGUGGAGGAGGAGGGGGCGGAGGCUUCUUUGAGUCGUUUAAGCGGGUCAUCCGCAGCAGAAGCCAGUCUAUGGACGCCAUGGGCCUCAGUAACAAGAAGUCACACACAGUCUCCACUAGUCAUAGUGGCAGCUUUACCCACAAUCCCGCAGAGAGCCCCAAAACCCCAGGGAUUUCAUUGAUCAUUCCUGGAAAAAGCCCAACCAGGAAAAAAUCUGGGCCCUUCAGCUCCCGUCGCAGCAGCGCCAUUGGCAUCGAAAACAUCCAGGAGGUCCAAGAGAGGAGCCGGGAGGUGUCGCCCAACACCCAGAGGACACCAGACAGCUUCUUAUCACAGGAAAACAAAUCAGACAACUCAUCCAAUCACAGCUCUCCAGAGUUUCCUCCCACCAAGAACAGCUUGGCGAUGUGUUGCAGGGCACCGUCCAUCCCGGAGGCUCAGGACCUUUCACGCUCCUCGUCAAACGCCAGCAGCUUCGCCAGCGUCGUAGAAGAGCACGAGAACGAGCAGGACCCUGAGGAAGAAUACGACACCGGGCUGGAAAGUGUGUCCUCCAUCAUGCCACUCAAGAGGGACUCAUUAGUGUGCAGCUCUGGGGUGGAGCACAGCACCAGCCAGGGAAAUUCUCCAGCAGCUUCUCGUCUUCAGCAGCAACAGGACACAGUGAAGGGAUCUGAGCCUAAAGGGACAGACAGCUGGGCCAAGACAGAGCGCCCCCCGCAGGAGCACAGAUCCUCAUCGAACUGUUAGCCACACUCCUCUAACUACUCUGAUGCCCAUUUUCAGCGUUCACACAACAGGCGCCUUCCUGCUGAUUACAAGCCAAGGUCAUGUAAACCCCACCACUGAUGCAGACGAGGAGCAGAGUUAGACGCCAGAUCAGGAGACCGACGCUGAUCUACUGUCUGUGGCGACAGACACAUAAACCUUGCUACUCGUAUGUACCUACAGCCAUCAUUCCAGACCCACAUGGAAAUCCUGUUUAGACGUUGAAGGGAAAAGAAAACCCAUCUGCACUCCCAUGCAGCACUACUGAACACAUCCGCCUGCCCGCUCACCCUUCAGACAAGUCAACUCUGAAACCUGAUUGGUUCUCUACACACUUAACUGUUUUGUGUAGUCUGGAUUUAAACAGGGAUUUGAUUUCAUGAGUGGCAAAAAAAAAACAAAAAAAAAAAAAACACAGAAACAAUCAAAUAACUGGCAUUUGUUUUGUGAGACAGCGGUCAGUAGAGAGGAGAGUUGCACUAGAAAAAAGAUGUUUUUAUGUCAACCUAAACUCCCACUGUGAUGCUGGACGUGGGUUUCACUUUGAUGUACCAGUAGUUUGUCUGUUGGACUACAGUUUGUAUUUUACUGAUGACCCCUCCUCCUCAGUGUCUAGCAGUGGAUAUUUAGAUUGGAGAAGUUGUUUUUGCAGAUGAUACAGACGAUGCGGUUGGUGGCUGUAGUAGCAUCAAGAACUUUAACAGUAGUUGAGUGGAACAUGCCACAAAAAUGAUACAAUUUGUAAAUUCAUACUGUAAUUAUACUACAGUAAGUCUGUCGAAAAAUAUUUCAACAUAAUUAUUGAAUAUGUUGACGCUAUAUAAUUACAUUGAACCAGUAAUUAGUCUGGCCCCAACCUGCAACAGGCGUCUUCAUUUCCACACUUUUAAGGUACUGCUGUUUUGAACUUUGUCCUCAAAUGCUCUUUGUCUCACACACACACACACAUACACAUACAUAAACACAAAUACACACACCACUUGUUGAUUUGAUGUCUGUGUAAGGGUGUGUAUACAUUGGUACUGUGCAUGGUAUAAAUCUGCUUGCCAAAACCUCUCCUCUGUACACUGGUGCCAUGCUUGACAUAGAGGUGUUGUCCCUGUGAUUUGUGUUUUUAUUAAAAACCAGCUAACAUCUCCAGAUGCGGUGCACAUUGCUGAGAGAGCCAAAUGUCAUCGUUUCUUAAUUUAUUUGUAAAGUGUAACAUAUGUACGUGAUCUAAGCACUACGCUUUCAGAGUCCUUUGGAAACGCUGACCUUUUUUGAAGGAGUAGAUUUGUUGCUGAAUAUGAAUUACACUGUGACUUUGUCUUGAAGUUGCCUUUAUGAUGAUUGUGAGCUGCUUUAACCGAGGGUCAUAUGUAAAGGCACGGCAUUGCCAGUUGGCUUGAAUGUAAAACUAGACAGACAUGUAAUUAUCUGUACAUAUCUGAUCUAAUGAAUGGUCAUAGCCUACAGUUUUGACUCCUGAUCACAGUGGCUCAUUUUUCUCUUGUCUUGAAUUUAUUACACGUGAAAGAACUUAAAGAAAGCGACGUUUAUUUUGUCGAAGAGAUCAACGACCGCGUCCUCAGAACAAGAACACUGGACCAAAUGUGAAACACGGCAUCAUCAUAUAGCUGUUUAUGCAGGUACAAAUCAAAGCUACAAAUCGCUCAUAAUAUUUUGCAUUUGACUCUACAGGAA